AGGUGAUGAUGAUGCUAAUUGAACAGGAGGGUGUUGGAUGAAGAAAGGUUGAUGAAUAACAAAGCCUUUUUUGGUCCAAUUCCAUCUGUUUGUUCAAUUUGCAUGCUCUAUUCUGCAGUAAGCCAUUAACUAUAGGAAAUUAGGUGGGAAAGGUUUGAUUGUUGUUCAUCAAAGCCUUUCAAGUCCCACUCCCUACUUCUGCUUUUCUUCAUUCUCUUAUACGCCGUGUUCUGGGCUUUCAUGUUUAGGCCCAUAUAUAUCUCAAAAUCCCGUCGCCACUUUACUCACCCUUACCUCAAACGAGUUAGUUCCUCUUGCGAAAACCGUAAAAACUACUCUCAUCUCUCUCAUCUCUGAAAAUGUCGAACUCUACUAUCACCGCCGAAAUUGUCGCCGAUUCUGAUCGCCGGCUAUACUAUUCCGACGACGAUGAUGCGACGAUCCAAACCUCCGAUUCUGCAACUGUAGUGGUUCCGGCGACUUCUCCUGCUCCGUCGGAGACCGAUGAAGUUUCCGACGAGCCGGCGGUUGUGAUUCCGGCGUCUUCUGCUCCGUCGGUGACCGACGAGCCGGCGGCCGAUACCGAGCCUUCCUCGUCGGUCGCCCAGUCCUCCUUGUCGCCGAUGCAGAUCUCUCCCAUCCCCAAUCUUCCUGCACAGAUCUCUUGUACCUCUGAGCGGCCCAAUUUGCUUGUGCAGAGAUCUCCAAGGCUCAAUCUGCCUGUUCAAACUCCUCAGAGGCCCAAUCUGCCUGUGCAGGGAUAUCCGAGGCUCAAUCUGCCUGUUCACACUUCUCAGAUGCCUAAUCUGCCUAUGCACACUUUUCAGCGGCCCAAUCUGCUUGUGCAGAGAUUUCCGAGAUCUCCGAGGCUCAAUCUGCCUGUUCAAACUCCUCAGAGGCACAAUCUGCCUGUGCAGGGAUCUCCGAGGCCCAAUCUGCCUUCUGAGGUUCCGAGAGUGUUUUACCAGGAUCCGAGGAUGUUUUUCCAGGCUCAGCGUCCAGUGUACGAGGCUCCACAGCCUGCAUACAUGGCUGAGCGUCCCGCCUACAUGGCUCCUCAUCCUAUCUAUGUAGCUCCCCCUCCCGCCUACGUGGUUGAGUGUCCCGUCUACCCGCUUCCUGCCUUCGCCCUCCCACCCGUGGGGCCUCUUGUUGGCAUGCACUCUGAUUUUGUUUUCCCCUCUGGUGUGGACCCUGCUGAGUUGGGGUAUGCAGUUAUACCUAUCAGGUACAGCUACUCAUUGCGUUUCUGGGCGCCGGAUGUACCAGUGCUUUCACCGCGGUUGGUUCCAGAUCCAGUCAGACGCGGCAGGGGUGGGAGAGUAUACCGAGGUCCCAGGGGAGAGUUGACAUAUGGAGACUUGUUUGACUGUUGGGAGGUCGCAGGUGGGGGUUGAUAUCUGUUUUCUGGGUGGUGAGUGAGUGAGUGCAUUGUUGUGUACUUAACUCUGCAUUUAUUUUUCUUUUU